AUGCCGAUACCGAGGAACAGCGGCUCCAGAGACCUCAUUUCCGGAAUGCAGCUUAGCGACAAAAAACCGUCAUCACUCCUCUUACUGGAGAUGCAAAGUAAAGUUGGCUCACGAAUGAGUGAGGAUCUUCUUAAAUCGCUUUUCCUGCAGCAACUGCCAACGCAUGCACAACAGAUUUUAGCCAUUUCCAGUGACAAGUUAGACAAGCUAGCUGAGAUGGCCGAUGGUAUCAUGGCAGCCACCGGAAACAGUGCUUCAGUGUUUGAAGUAAAAACGGAAGACUCUGCGCUAAAAGAAUUAUUAAUGGAUAUUUCAUCUCGCCUUUCUCGGAUGGAAACACGUUCCAGAUCGCGUUCAACCGAACGAGAGCAGCAGAAUAAAAGAGGCCGUUCAUCAAGCCGCCAACGACAAGGUAAUAGAGAGCAUUGCUGGUACCAUCAGCGUUUCAAAGAAAAAGCUACCAAGUGCACAAAACCCUGUACCUUCCAGGCGGAAAACUAG